AUGGGCUUGACAGGCGAUAUCCGUGCCGUGGACGAGUCCUAUGUUGUCAAGCACCCGAAAUCAGACCCUGACUCGUCCGAGGAAGCCCGGGUGUAUAAUGAGAUGAAACUGGAGAUGAUGAACGUCGAAUGCCGGAUAUAUGAGCGAUUGGGUCCGCACGAUAGUAUCAUCCGUUAUUAUGGCCCUCUCGACGACUCUGGGGCAAUAAAAUUGGCAUACGCAAAACAGGGCGACCUCGAAAAAUACAUACCCAGACACGAGAUGCCCUCCAAGGCAACACGAAUAGCCUGGAUUCGGUCUCUGAUAGAGGGUUUCUUCCACAUCUAUUCAAGCAAGGUGCUUCAUCAGGGCAUCAAACCAAACAAUGUUCUUGUCCCCUAUGGCUCAGUUAAAAUCAUCGACUUUGCCAAUGGAGAGAUCUUCCCGCCGGAUACAGGCAUGGAGAAAGUCUACACAGAUGACCCUUUCGCGAAGGGAGACUUAUGCGGAAUUGCCGGCGUGAUCUACUCUGUCUCUGCAUGGAGAGUAUUCCAUUACGAAUAUUUCGAGGACAACCGAUUCCCGCGGCCAGAUGAAAUUUCUAAUACCGAAGCCUUGUUGUACCGAGAUAUUAUCGACAAAUGCUGGAGGAACGAGUAUCAUUCUAUUCGAUCACUGUACGAGGAUUUCCAGAAACAUGAGAAGGAGGUUAUUACUCCGGACCUAGAGAAGGACGGGAAGCCCCGGAUGGAGUUUAUGCUGUGGUUCUGUGCUGUCCCAUCUCUAACUCUUGCUUUCGAGUCGGCUUCUUUUCGCGGGAUUGAGAUGAUACAGAGGGUGCCUGAAGGGAGUGGCUGCAGUUAG